CCUCCUGCCUUUCACAUGAUCUGAAAGCUCCCUCUGAGAUAGAGACAGGAAUGUGGAAAGGAGCGACAACAUCGAUGGCUGAGCAAAGCCACAGGCUUUCUAUAAUGCGUUCAUUUUAUACUGCGUUAAUUGGGCUGACAUUCAUCUUUCACACCCAUGGAGUCCCUUGGACAGAGGAAAAGCUGCGGCACAGCGCGCUCACGCUAAGUGAAGAUGAGAUCCGUGCUGCCCUGUCUCACACCAAUCUGGAGCAAAUGUGGCAGAGGGACCUGAGGCCACUGCUGGUUACCCGGUACCCAGGCUCUGCUGGUAGCCUGGCAGUACAGAACCACAUUAAAACAACCCUUGGUUCCCUGGAGGCGGGCUGGGAGGUGACUGAGGACAGUUUUCAGUCACAAACUCCCUACGGCCCGCUGCCCUUCACCAACUUGGUUGCCACUCUGAACCCAUCAGCCAGACGUCACCUGGUUCUUGCUUGUCACUAUGACUCCAAGUACUAUCCCCCUCAGUGGCAUGGAAGGGAGUUCCAAGGUGCCACGGAUUCUGCCGUCCCAUGCGCUAUGAUGUUGGAACUGGCACGAGCCCUGGAUGAGGAACUAAAAACUCAGAAGAAUUCCAGCUCCAACCUGACCCUGCAGUUGAUCUUUUUUGAUGGUGAGGAGGCACUUUUCCAGUGGACUGCCACAGACUCUCUGUACGGCUCCCGUCACCUGGCAGAGAAGAUGGAGGCCACUCCGCAUCCUAAAGGAGCCAAAGACACCAACCAACUCCACGGCAUAGAUCUGUUUGUGCUGCUGGACCUCAUCGGGGCCCCUAGCCCCAUCUUCGGGAACCAGUUCCCCAGCACCACCUCCUGGCUCUCUAAGCUGCAGGAUAUUGAAAAGCGUCUGCAUUCCAUGAACCAGCUUGUUGGGCAUCCUAACAGCGUGCAGUACUUCUGGCCUGAUCGUCCUGUGGGCCAUAUUCUCGAUGAUCACAUACCGUUCCUACACCGAGGUGUUAAGAUCCUCCACCUCAUACCCUACCCUUUCCCGGCUGUGUGGCACACAUUUGACGACAACGAAGAAAACCUGGAUCGCCCUACUAUUGAGAAUCUCAACAAGAUCUUGCAGAUUUUUGUUCUGGAAUACCUCAACAUCAGGCCCAGCAUCCCUUCGAACUCCCAAAAUGCCCCAUGAGUCUUCCCAGCAUUUUAUCAUUGUGAUAUAAAGGUCUUCACUUGACCUAAUGCUCUGUUAGAGGUUAGACCUCCAUAUAUGCAGGAUUCACACAUAUAUAUUUAAGUACUUUCUUGUUAAACAGGUCAAUAAAGAGUAGUGUAUAACUGUAAAGCACCCCUAUUAAAACUCAGUGGCUGUAGCAUGUUUGAAAGCUGGUGAGAAAUGUUACGGAAAUGGAAGGAGCUAAUCCUGUUUUUCACAACAAAAUCCAGAGAAACUUUUUUAAUUCUGGGCUUUAACAUGAAAAAUGUAAUUUUAAAAAAGACUUUUAAGUAGUAUCCAUCCAUCCAUCUAGUCCUGUCAGGGUCAAAGUGCAGCCGGUGCGUAUCUCCUUCUAUUUAGAGAAGCCAAUUAACCUAACAGUCAUGUUUUUUUGAUUGUGGGAGGAAGCCGGAGUACCCGGAGAGAACCCACACAUGCACAGGGAGAACAUGCAAACUCCAUGCAGGAUUCGGCCCAGAACCGUCUUGCUCUGAGGAAACAGUGCUACCUAGUGCACCACCGUGCAGCCUGUUUAAGAGGUUUAAAUAUCUCUAAAAAUAGAGUAAACUCAUCCACAAUGAGAACACUACACAGGAUGUUUCAGGAGUCAUAUUUGUGUUGGUUCUAUUAUCACCUUUUAUAAGGAGAAGUGCAUUGAUGUUAAAAGAAAAUAAAUGAAAUUACACCCUUUCACCUGGCACCUACAAAUAUAUAAUUACCUUGCAAGCUGAAGCUUGUGAUGCUGUUAUAAUGAAUAUUUUCAGGAACAUCCCAAUUCUAAGACCAAACCAUCCAUGUCCCUGGAUCUGUGUUGUUGUUUUUUUUUUUUGGUUUAGUUAUGGUAGCAGGGCCACCCACACUGACAUGAACCAACACACUGAGUGGAGUAGAAUGUUUUGGCAACAGGUUAUCUAACAUUUCCUCUCCCACUGUAAAUCUGUUCAGCAUUUAGAAAGCAACCCAGGAAGUAGGGCUCAUUCUCACCGAGGCCACAUUAAUGAAGCCUUUACAUCCUGUCGUCUAACAGAGAGGUGGAUUACUUCCUGUGCAUUUGAUUUCAUGUGCUUUCUUUUAUUUAUAUGAAACUGUAAGCCUGCCUCUAUCAAGUAAAUGAAAUAACUAAUAAAUGUUUAUGCGGAAUAAAA